AUGUCCAUCAUGUCCACCCAGAUGCAGCAGCAGCUCAUCCAGCGGAUCCGCCUCCAGGACACGACGGUGACCCUCAGGGAGCUGCGGCAGACGCGGCUCAUCGGGGCGGGCGCCGCUGGCGUGGUGCGCCUGGUGUCGCACAUCAAGACGGGCACGAGGUACGCCCUCAAGAGGAUCAGGAAGGUGAAGGGCGUGGUGCCGUCCGAGGUGAGCCAGGAGCUGAAGCUUCUUGCCGAAAACGAUCACCCGCUGCUGCUGCAUCUGGUGAAAACGUUCGAGACGCUGUCGAGCGUCUACAUACUGACCGAGCUGUGCACGGGGGGCGAGCUCUACUCCGCCAUCCGCGCGAUCCAGGGCGUCCUCGACGUGAGGCAGGCGCAGUUCUACGCCGGGCUGCUGGUGCUCGUCCUGGAGGCCCUCUGCGACCGCAGCGUGCUGUAUCGCGACCUGAAGCCCGAGAACGUCAUGCUGGACGCGCAGGGCUACCUCAAGCUGAUCGACUUCGGCAUCGCCAAGAAGCUGCCGACGGGGGAGAACCGCACCUUCACGGUGAUCGGCACGCCGCACUACAUGGCCCCGGAGGUGGCACGGGGGAGCGGGUACGGCACGGAGGUGGACCUGUGGUCGCUGGGGGUCCUCGUCUUCGAGCUCGUCUGCGGCUACCUCCCCUUCGGCGAGAGCGAGGAGGCGCCCGAGGCCGUCGUCCGGGCCGUCAUGCGCGAGGAGUUGGCCUUCCCAGCCGCCUACAAGCACGCGCCCGGCCAGGAGCUCAUCCGGGGGCUGCUCAACCGCAGGCCCGAGCAGCGGCUCGGCGCGGGCAUGGGCGGGUACGAGGACCUCAAGUCGGCCGCCUUCUUCCGCGCGGGCUUCGGGCCAGGCGGCCCCACGCUCUUCGACAAGCUGAUGGACAGGGAGCUGGACCCGCCGCUGCUCCCCGAGAGGGAGGUCUACUGCGAGGCGGAGGACAUGGAGGGCGUGGAGGACCUCAGCGACCAGGAUGAGUUCGCGGCGCGGUCUCUCCGCAUCCCCGGGCCCGGGCCUCUGGCGGCGCUCCUCCGCGCUCCAGGGCCCCUGGGCGUUGGUAGGGGCCUGCGCUGCGCGGGCGGCCAUGUCAGGGCCAUGCUCCCCCCGCCGUGGGGCGCCCGGCUGAACGUGGCGGACAGCCCCCAGAGCGAGGCGGACCGCCUCGUUGCGCGGGCUCGCGACAGCCCGUGGACGCCCAGGGGAGAGAGGCCGCUGGUCUAUGCGAUGACGCCUGGCGCAGCUGUGGACCUCGAGGCCAAGCUCGACCAGCAGGCGGUCGCGGCCGCGCCUCCACCGUCGCCCGCGCAGCCGGGCGAGGAGGGCGCACGGGCAGGUCCACCGCUAGAGCGGGGGGCGUGGCCGUGGAGCGGCCCGGGCGGCCCGCCCAGCGUGGAGCUCUCGCCGAAGGACGACAACGAGGGCUCUGGCCAGCUGGACGAGGCCGCCCUCCUCGCGGCCCGCGUGACGCCGCCCGCGCUGCUAACGGCGGUGUUCACCGCGAUCCUCAUCGUGCUCUGA